UCAGUAACAGAAAGUGGCCGCCUCUCCGCUGCCGCUGCCGACUCAAAGCUCGCGGACUCGCCCGGCGUCUCCAACCGCCAUUUUGGAGCGAGAGAACCGAGAGUCGGCAGCAGCGACGAGAGAGGCGACCAGGGGGGGAACACGGGGCCCGAGGCUUUUUCACCUUUUGUCUGAUAAUUAAUCUUGGAAUGAGGAGCCAUGACAUCCUGUAUUGAGAAGUAAAAGUUGCUGCCCUGCUGGGCAGUGGUGUCUGGGUUGCAUGGCGUCAGAGCAGGAUGGCCAGCUGGAGGUUGGGGCGCCUGGGAGCUCUAGCCUGGCCAAACCUCUCUACCUGCAACGCUUGGAACGAUCCCUGAGGUUGGACAGUUUCCUGCGCCAGACCGCAACCAUCUUCAACAGAGACAUCACCAGUGAUGACAGUGACGACAGCGAUGAUGCACUGGGGACGGGGCUGUCUCUGGACCACUCCGCUCAACAUGCAGCCUUGACAGUGAAGAGUGAGUCGUGUGAACAGGGGGAUGGGUUGGCCGAGGGCAAGCCCCUCAAUGGAGUUCUGCUUCAAGACCCAAAGGCUGAUAAAACGAGCCUCUACAACUUCUCCAAGCUGAAGAAAAACAGGAAAUGGCUCAAGAGCGUCCUGUUGAGUGACGACACCACAGACUCGGACACCGACUCCGAUGACUCUGAUUUCUGUUUGUCUCGGGAGGAGCUGCAUGAUAUGCUGAGGCUGCAUCGCCACACCAGGCAGCAUCAGAGCAAGUUCCACACGGAGCGGGAGCUUCACCAGUAUCAGUACUACAGCACUGGACUCCUCUCUACUCAUGACCCCUUCUACGAGCAGCAGCGCCACCUUCUGGGCCCCAAGAAGAAGAAAAUCAAAGAUGAGAAGAAAUUUAAGGCCAAACUGAAAAAAGUGAAGAAGAAGAAGAAACGAGGAGAGGGAGACUUUCUGGAUGAAGGGGGCCGACCUUACAUAACCAAAGUCUUCGCCAAGUUUUCCCAUGAUGCACCGCUACCCGUGGUGAAGAAGAAACAUCUGACCAUCGAGCAGCUGAAUGCACGACGACGUAAGGUCUGGCUCACCAUCGCCAAAAAGGAGAUCCCCAAGACUUUCAAGCAGAAGACUUCUGCUAAGAACCUAGUGUUGACCAAUGCUAAAAAGCUGGCUCAUCAGUGCAUGCGGGAAGUGCGGCGUGCGGCCAUCCAGGCUCAGAAGAACUGUAAGGAGACGCUGCCCCGGGCCCGGCGCCUCACCAAGGAGAUGAUGCUCUACUGGAAGAAAUACGAGAAAGUGGAGAAGGAGCACAGGAAGAGGGCAGAGAAGGAGGCGCUGGAGCAACGCAAGCUGGACGAGGAGAUGAAAGAGGCCAAGCGUCAGCAGCGCAAACUAAAUUUCCUCAUCACCCAGACGGAGCUGUACGCUCACUUUAUGAGCGGUAAGGCCAGCCUGGCGGGUCCAGGAGGAGACAAGGCGCAGGAGGAAAUUCUUCAAAAGCUGGACGACAGCGCGGGUCAGAGGAAAAUAGAUAUCGGAGGAGGCGUAAUGGUCAACAUGGGACAGGAAGAUUAUGAUAGUGAAUACUACAAGGCUCAGGCCCUGAGGAACGCCAAAGAAGCCUACCAGGCUCAUCAGAAGAAAACGCGAAUGUUUGAUGAUGAGGCCAAAGACAGCCGCUGUGCGUCUCUGCAUUCGGCCGUUGGCCCGUCCUCGGGCGCUGGUUUUGGAGAGAGCUACAGCCUUGCCAACCCAUCCAUCCUUGCUGGUGAAGAAGUUCCUCAGCCCAUUAUUUUUGAUGGCAAACUCAAGGGUUACCAACUCAAAGGCAUGAACUGGCUGGCAAACCUCUAUGAACAGGGAAUCAAUGGAAUCCUGGCAGACGAGAUGGGGCUGGGGAAGACGGUCCAGAGUAUUGCCCUUUUGGCUCACCUAGCAGAGAAAGACAACAUCUGGGGCCCAUUUCUUAUCAUCUCUCCUGCGUCCACGCUCAACAACUGGCAUCAGGAGUUCACCCGCUUCGUGCCCCAAUUCAAGGUGCUGCCAUACUGGGGAAACCCUCACGAUCGCAAGGUGAUUCGGAAAUUCUGGAGCCAGAAAACCCUUUACACACAAAAUGCACCAUUCCACGUGGUUAUCACGAGCUACCAGCUGGUGGUCCAGGACGUCAAAUACUUCCAGAGGGUCAAAUGGCAGUACAUGGUCCUGGAUGAGGCCCAGGCACUGAAAAGCAGCACCAGCGUUCGGUGGAAAAUCCUCCUGCAGUUCCAGUGUCGAAACCGACUCCUGCUCACCGGGACGCCCAUCCAGAACACCAUGGCCGAGCUGUGGGCGCUGCUUCACUUCAUCAUGCCCACGCUGUUCGAUUCCCACGAUGAGUUUAACGAGUGGUUCUCCAAGGACAUCGAGAGCCACGCUGAGAACAAGUCGGCCAUCGACGAGAACCAACUUUCCAGACUGCACAUGAUCCUCAAGCCUUUCAUGCUGCGCAGGAUCAAGAAGGACGUGGAAAACGAGCUCUCGGACAAGAUUGAGAUCCUGACCUACUGCCAGGUGACGUCUCGCCAGAGGCUCCUCUACCAGGCUCUGAGGAACAAGAUCUCCAUCGAGGACCUGCUGCAGUCCUCCAUGGGCACGGCCCAGCAGUCUCACAACACCACCUCGUCCCUCAUGAACCUGGUCAUGCAGUUCAGGAAGGUGUGUAAUCACCCGGACUUGUUUGAGCGCCAGGAGACCCGCUCGCCUUUCCACAUGUCCAUCAAACCCUACAUCAUGUCAAAGUUCCUCUACCGCCACGGCCUCCUCCACGCACACAACCAGGCCAAGAACAAAUUACUGCAAGUGCUGUUGUCCCCCUUCUCUCCAAACCACAUCCAGCAGUCUCUCUUUCACAGAAAAGGUGAUGACAAAGGAAGUUGUUUUUCCUUCCUGCGCUUCAUCGACGUGUCACCUUCUGAGAUGUGCAACCUUAUGCUGCAAGGCACCUUAGCGAGAUGGUUAGCCCUUUUUCUGUCCCUGAAAGCUGCGUACCGGCUCCACCAUCAACGCCUGUUCGGCCUCGAAGAAGAGAGGCAGGAGGAAGUCAGCGUUGGCGAGGGGGACGGAGGCAGUGGAAAGUCCAGGAUUAUGUGUCUGUCUCACAAGGACCUGAUUCUGUGGCUGAACAGACCCACCGCCUUCCCCAACAUGCACAACAGUCCCGUCCUCCAGGAUCUGGUGUUCACAGCAGUCACGCCCGGCAUGGUGGGACACGGUGACGUGAAAAUCCUUAACAGAAAUUCGACCACUUCCAAGAUCCUGCCCCACCGGCCCAUACCACCACCGAAGUUCCUGCUCGCCGCUACGCCCAGGGUGACGGCAGUUCCCAUGGAGCGUUAUUGUGCAGACCGCAGUGCUGGUUACGAGUGGCUGGUGACACGCGUGGGGGGGGGCACGGUCUUCAAACACUGCUUCCUCUACGGCUCCCCGGAACUCGCGUCGGACUGGCGUGCGAGGGCCAAUACCUUCCACCCACAAUGCCCUGGGGGCGCGAUGGCAGUUUACCCUCGCCACGGAUGGUCCUACAUUCAGAUACCUGAUAAGGAGAGUCUGAUCACAGAAAGUGGAAAGCUCCACACCUUGGAUAUCCUGUUGUGUCGGCUAAAAGCGCAUGGACACCGAGUCCUCAUCUACUCCCAAAUGACGCGCAUGAUUGACCUGCUGGAGGAGUACAUGGUUUAUCGAAAGCACACCUACAUGCGCCUCGACGGAUCCUCCAAGAUUUCCGAGCGCAGAGACAUGGUGGCUGACUUCCAGAGUCGGACGGAUAUCUUUGUGUUCCUCCUGAGUACGAGGGCCGGGGGGCUCGGCAUCAACUUGACUGCCGCCGACACCGUUAUCUUCUACGACAGUGACUGGAACCCCACAGUGGACCAACAGGCCAUGGACAGGGCUCACAGGCUGGGUCAGACCAAGCAGGUGACCGUCUACCGCCUCAUCUGCCAGGGCACCAUCGAGGAGCGGAUCCUGCAGCGAGCCAAGGAGAAGAGCGAGAUCCAAAGGGUGGUGAUUUCUGGAGGAAACUUUAAACCAGACGCACUCAAACCCAAGGAGGUGGUGAGCCUGCUGCUGGACGAUGACGAGCUGGAGAAGAAAUUGCGGCAGAGACAGGACGAGAAGAGGCAGCAGGAGGAGUGCAGCAAGGUGAAGGAGCGCAAGAGGAAGAGGGAGAAGUACGCUGAGAAGCAUAAGAAGAACGAGGAGUCGGACAUCAAGAGGAAGAAGGAGAUGAACCUGGUCAUCUCCCACGCACCCUCGGCCGACAACUCCAACCUCUCUGCGGACGGAGACGACUCCUUCAUCAGCGUGGAGAUGGACUCGGCCAUGCCCAGUCCCUUCAGUGAGAUCUCCCUGAGCAGCGAGCUGCAGCCCGGCUCGUUGCCGCCGGACGCCGACGCGGACGAGAGCAGCAGCGACAUGCUGGUCAUCGUGGACGACCCGGUGUCUUCUGCGCCGCAGUCGCGCGCCACCAACUCCCCCUCCUCCGUGUCAGGAUCAGUCUCAGACAACAUGAAUGGUGUUUCAACCUCGGACAACAUCAGUCCUGGCAGGGGGGGCCGAUCCGGGCGGAGUAGGGGACGGCCCAAAGGAUCGGGAAGCGGGACCAAGUCGGGAGGAAAAGGACGUGGCCGCAAAUCGACAGCAGGCAGCGCGGCAGCAAUGGCCGGAGCGAUGGCUGGUGCGGCAGCUGCAUCAGCUGCUGCUUAUGCUGCUUACGGCUACAGUGUUUCCGGAGCAGCCCUCGCUGCCUCCAGCCCCCUGCAGCCUUCACUGGGCCGGUCUGGUACCAGCCCGGCCUUCAACCCCAGCAGGAGCUCGUCCCCCCAGGCCAAAGGAGGCACGUCCACCGCCCUGAGCCCCCACAAACAGUUGGCCCAAAGCCACCAUCACAGCAGUCCCGGUGCAGUCAGGAAGGGCAAGGGUCCCGGUGGUCCUGGGGUGCGAUGAUACACUCACACACACACACACACACUAUUGCAAGUGUCUCACUAUAGAAAAUAAACACAUAACCACACAGAGAUAGCUGACCUUCUCUCACUGUGAUCCGUACAGACAACCUACAACUUACAAUAAAACAGUGUUUAUAGUAACUGAGGCUCACUACCUGGAGGACCAUGCUGUGUGUGCUGGCUCAACCACCCUCUACACACACAUUCUCACCAACACACACACACACACUCAUUCGUUUGAAGGUACAGUCCCCACCAGCCUCCCCGUGUCUCGUGUCAGGUUCAUUUUUAAUGUGUCCCGGUCAGUGGACGGAAAUCUGCCUUGAGUUAUUUGGUUUGCAUCGUGACAACAGUAUUUCCAAGUGCUUUUUUUUUCUUCGAGAAGACAAACUGAACUUUUCUAUUCUUGACAGGAAGCUCUUUCAAUUUGCCGCCGAGCAGUAACAAUACAGACAGAGACGUGAACCAACACGCGUAGCUUAAAGGGCUUUGGAUUCCUUGUGUUUGCCAGCAUGGUGAGGCAACAGAGCUUCUGUCAAAUGCACUGAGCCACGUCUUCCGUUUUCCUUUUCUUUGUUUUUGGUGUUAUUGACCCUCAUACAUGUACAUUAGGUUAUUUAAUUGUCCUGUAGAUAAGCUCAGUGCAAACUGGUGAAUGAUUCUGCAUUUUAUAGAGCGUAAAGUGAACCCACAGCUGACCAGUCUACCAAACAACAGCUUUUCUACUAAAGCUCUUAUUUUUGUAAGAAAACAUGCAAGUACCCAAAUCAACAUGACAGGUCUUAACGUUUUGGAAAAAAAACAGUAAUGUAUCACAGCGCAGAUGCAAAUAAGAAUUGAUGUUAUAUAUUUUUUGCCCGAUAGAAAAAUGAAUGAAAGGAUAAUGUAAAAAAUGAUAUUCCAAAAUAAGGGUUCUGGUUGAUACAGCAACGCUGCUAAUGGUCAAUUUAUGAAUUCACUCAGAUCAUUGGUUUUCUAAUAUUUAAGUUAUUUCUGUUAAGUGGGCAGUUCACGAUUAUGGUGAACGAGGAUAUUCAGCUGUAAACAGUGUAAAUUGUACUGAAGCCAUGUUUUAUUUUUCAGAAGUUGCUUUGUUUGUGAUGAGGCGUCUGUGGUUCUCUUUGAUGUCAUCGAUGUUUUAGAAAAAAAGAAAGGUUUGCAGCAGUGUCCUACGAUGAGCACUACAUCUGUUAUAUUAUAGGUUUGUCCAUUGUUUGUUUUUGUGUUAAUAGUGUGAUUAAAAUAUGAUGUUCUAUAUUGAUGUAAAUAAUGAUGAGAGCAACUUUUCCUCUGGCUUGUCCCUCAUUCGCCUGUCUAUUUUUAUAGGUCAUGUGUACAUAUGAAGAAAUGCAUCUGCCAUUUUACUAACAGGAGGAGCCAACUGGAAAUAAAUGGAGUGCUUAAUCAGCCGAAAUCUG